AUUAUUCCUUCCGCCUUUGGUAGGAUUACGCCGGGUCAUAUGAGAAUUUGCCGGUGGCGCGACGACGGGAAAAUCUCACGCGGUGUCUGUUUCCAAACUUUUUAAUUGAUAAAAAAGUGAAAGUGAAUUUCCCGCCAGACUCUCACAUCCGUAUUUUGAUGGCGUGGAAUUUGUAAUUUAAGUAAACAGUCGCUUACGGUUAUUCGACUACACAAAACGCUGCUUUACCAUGAAGUUACUAGAAGAUUAUUGGAAGAUAUAAAGAUAGAGCUGGUUGAAACAGAUGUCGAUUGAGGCGUAACAGUCAACCAUGAUGAAUAGUACAACGGGCAACGUAACUGACAUCGACGAAGUCACUUAUCCAUUGGUGGUUCAAAUAAUUCAAACUAUCUUAUUCACAGUCGUUUGCAUAGUAGGUCUAGUCGGUAAUACGUUAGUCAUCUACGUGGUUAUCAGAUUUUCGAAAAUGCAAACCGUCACCAACAUGUACAUCGUCAAUUUGGCAAUAGCAGAUGAAUGUUUCCUGAUUGGUAUACCUUUCUUGAUCACUACCAUAUUGAACAGGCACUGGAUAUUUGGUUACUUCGCCUGCAAGGCUUACAUGCUUUCGACUGGUAUAAACCAGUUCACCAGCUCCAUUUUAUUAUGCGUCAUGAGUGCUGAUAGAUACAUCGCCGUUUGUCAUCCUAUAUCAUCGCCGAAAUGGAGAACGCCUUUUAUAUCUAAGAUAGUAUCUCUGUUCGCUUGGACGUUCAGCAUUCUCCUCAUGAUACCCAUAAUACAACAUUCUCAAGAGAUCAAUAACGAAGAUGGAAAAACUUCUUGCGUUAUAGAAUGGAGCACUUUCGAAAGCAGUUACAGCAAUUAUACAAACGCGACUGACGAUUUUGAUAAUAGCAGACCUGCUCAGAUAUUUACUUGGUACACUUUCAUAUUCGGUUUCGCUAUACCUUUAUGUUUAAUCAUAUAUUUUUAUUGGUUAGUUAUUUUGAAACUUAAGAAUGUCGGACCGAAAAAUAAAUCUAAAGAGAAGAAAAGAUCGCACAGGAAGGUCACCAAUUUGGUGUUGAUUGUCGUCACUGUUUACAUUAUAUGUUGGUUGCCUUAUUGGGUGACGCAGCUUGCCAUCAGUGAUGACGUUAAUGACACAUUUUAUAUCACACUUCAUCUCCUCGCAUCAUGUAUGAGUUAUUCGAACUCCGCCGUUAACCCGAUUCUGUACGCCUUUUUGAGCGACAACUUCAAGAAAAGUUUCGUGAAAGCGUGCACUUGUGCGGCCAACAAAGAGGUCAAUGCUACGCUUCAACUCGAAAACAGCGUCUUUCCAAAAAAGUCUAAACAUGUUACUGAAAGGUUAAAACCGAGUAGAACAAGAGGAACCUCAUUGUGCGCGAACAACGAAGACGAAGGUGACAUUGGUCCUCUGGUAAGCAAAGUCGACGCUUCCGCGUCUGCAGUGACAGUCAACAGUCGAAAUACAAAUUUAGAAGACAGCUUAGACAACGUUUCGAAAAAUACGGUCGUCAAAAAUGGAGGAGCUAAUACAAUUCAACCCGCUAACCUAUAAGCAACAAUGUAAAUGUAGUCAUAAAUUUAGACCUUGAAUUACGAGAAUAUUUCCAUAAUUCUGUAAAAUGUACGUUAAAACAUUCAUAGAAUAACGUUUUUCUAAGCUUUUCAAGCGUCUUAGUUCAUCGUUUCUUUGCAAAAAGAUUCAUACUUUACUUUACUUUCCGUUUGCCCCAUGUAUGUAAUAAUCCUAUACGGAUAGUUGGUAUGGGAAAAAAAGUCUAUACUGCGCAUGCUUCAUGCGCGCAAAGGAUGCGCAGAACUAACAAAACGUAGCAAAUUCCACAUCCUAUUUAUAAAAUUGACGUUGAUGCCGUUAACCUAAAAAUUUUGUUAUUUUUCCUGACGUGUUUCUUAUUUUCGAGAUGUUUGUGUGCUUUUGUUUGUAAUCCGGUAUUUAUGGAAAACAUGCAAAGCCAAAAGACCACCAUAAACAAACAAACAAAAAGAAAAAUAAACCCCAACAUCACGCACUAACGUCAUACGUCAAAAUCACGUGACGAACGCAAAGAUAAAAUUCGUUUAUGUUGAAAGUCACCAACAUUUCAAUUUUGUAACAGCAAACGUUAACUGUGAACGGAAAGUCAAGUUUAUGUAUUGGCGUUAAAUGUUGUCCUGGAAAAUGGGAUUCGUUACAAAGUCCAAUCCUUGUAGAAGUAGUCCUCGUAUAUACCCUAUUUUCCACUACAAUAAACAACAAUCCACAAUACGAUUCUCAUAUAUAAAGAAUCUAUCUUGUUUGAAUUAGAACAAACUUAAGCAGGGUAAAUGUUGCUGUUUUCUACUAAGCUUGUAAAUAUUACUAUAAAUAAAUAUUUGAACAUAUGAAAAUUUGGUAAAAAUACCAUCUAACAUAUUCUUAAGAAUCUUCGAUUACUUCAAAUUUAAGAUAAUUUAUUAGUAGAAGUUUCGAACAAUAGUGUCAUAAUAUAUUGUACACUUUUUACUAUUUUAAUUUGAAAGUUGUAUAUUGAAAAUACUAAUUAGAGGUUAUAAAACCAACUGAACUAAAUCCAUCCAAUAAACCGAGUGACCUGAACAACAAUCGAUGAGUGAUCGAAGCAUGAUCGCGCCUCUUUUCAUCUAUUGGGUAAAAUAAACAGGCCUCCUUACGCUAGCCAAUCAGAUUUAACUACAAUCGGCCGACAGGCUACAGAGUCGGAAUCAGAUACGGAUACGACUGAAGAAAUUACUAAUUUUUGUUUUGUCACAAUCCACCAAAACAAAAACCAACAAUACUGCUUUUUAAUAUUAAUGGUAAAAAUAUAAUUUUGAACAUUUACAAAAAUCUCUUUAUUAUAUAUAAUGCAAUUUCCUUCCACCCUUUAGAGUGUACGGCUACAAAAAACUUAAUUGUAUACAAUUUUCAUCCAUUUCUUCUUAUUCAUACCAACCUUCUUUGCUUCGCUCCAUGUCAGUUUUUUCUCCUCCAAAAUUUUUCUUAUCGUGUCUUCCCAUGUUUCUACUAGUCUUCCUCUAUUUCUCUUUUGCUAUCUUUUGGCUUGUCAAAUUUUUUUCUUGUAUUUAAUUUUAUCAUUCUUUGGAUUCUCCAGCUCAAUGGAUUCGGUGACUGGUAUUACUUGCAGCUCUUUUCUAAUACUAUAUUCUUCCAUGUGACUCCCCAUUUUUUGUAAUUUGUUUUUCUUCUUUUUCAUUAGUUAAUUUUCCUUGAGUAAAUUUUCCUUACCUAGUUUUAUAUUAUAUUAUUUAAUAAAUUCCCAGUCGUCGCUUAGUGCGACUCUGUGCACAAGCAGCCACGUGAACUAUGCAUGAUAAUAUUUUCGAGUACUACGUUUCUUGGAUGAGCAAAGUAUAUAUGUCACUAUUUAAACCGUAAAUUAAACAACUCAUUAAUUUUUUUUUCCUAAAGACACACAUUUAAACAAAAACGAUAAAAAUUAUGCUCUCAAAUGCUCCUCAAAUAUAUAUUAGAAAAUUUUUUUCAUUAUGAUAAUACACAUCUUUCUACGCCCAUCUCUAUAAGUGAAAAUAUACUUUUAAAGAUAAAAAUAAAAAGUUGCACUUAACUGUUGGUUUGUAGUUGUAAUUAAAUUAUUACUAGAUGAUUUGACCUUAUUCCGAGAUCUUUCACGCAUAUUUAUAUCCAUAUCUACGGUUUAUAACUUAUAAUUAGAUUUCAGAAUCUCACGUUUGAGCUAUAUUUGAAGAUUCCUCUCGAGAUUUUAUUUUCAUAUGCUUAAUAUUAUUUCUUUGUAUAUAUAUACGAAUUUAAUAAUAAAAAAUGUUAUAUCAGGAUAUACUGCUAAGGUUUAUAUUAUUUAUAUAAGAAAUUCCAGAAUUGGAUUUUAUUAAUGUAUUAUACUGAAUGUCCUACUAUCGAUUGUUUUAUUAUUGGUAUUUAUAACAAAAAAAACAUUAAACUAUGAAUUUUUUUAGUGAAAUAUGAUUGAUAAUGAUGUAUUAACCUCAUUCCUAAUAAAUCCUUUAAUUAAUAUUCUCUUUGCCGGAUUUUAUCUCAUGAGCCCUUAAAAUCCGGCAAAAAUAAAUAUUUUUUUUAAAUGUUCCAUCUACGUUCCUGAAGAGAACUAUUGUAUGUUUUUUCUACUUGUACAAUUGAAGAGCAUAUCAUAGAAAAACUGAAAUAGUUAAUUUUUUGUGUAUUAUAGUAAGUAUCUAGUUGUAAAAUUUAUUUCUAAUUUAUUUCUUCUUUUUUACCGACGAGAUCCUAUCAAUUCUGCCAUCUCGGGAUGUGCGGAUUAAUGCCAAGGUAACCACAGUUUACCAACCAGACAUCAGUUUAUUAAUUCAAUUGAAUUAAAAUUCAAUAAUUAAUCCUCACCCUUUCAACUUAUCCGAAUCUCACAUCUUUAAACUGUAUCUUCAUUGUUGUCUUGUUCAAAACUCCUCAUCAAUUUAAUGUGUCUAUGUUCCGCAUUCUGUGGUAAGAUCCAAUAAUUGUUUUAUUAUUUCUAUGACAACUGUUUAUUUGAGACAAUAUUUCGAUAAAAAAAAUAAGGAUUAAGAUGACAUUCUAUUUAUUCUCGAAUAUUUAACUACCCGAUUCUCAUUUCUUCGAAUUACAUCUCUAUUAAUGACGUUUUGUAAUCACUACUCCUCAUUAUCUUAAUGUAUCUAUGUUCCGCAUUCUGUCUUAAACUGAUAUUUAUAUUAUUAUUUUUAUAACAAUAUUUUGAUUCAUUUCAAACAAUGAUUUUUAGGUCUCAAAUAUAUAGUCAAUAAAGUGAAAAACAAGUUUUUUGAGCUGGAACUAUUAAAAACUAUGUUAGAGGUGGCAGGUACCUCACAAAAUUUUGUUUUCUGUUACUAAUACUAGGAAUAUUAAUUUUUCAUGCUAUAUAAUUCAAAAUAUUGUAGAUAGUUAUAUUUUUAUUUCAAAUCUGUGAUAUUAAUAUUAAAUUGUUUAUUAUAGUUUGUGAUAAUUUUGUAUAUAACGAAGCUAUGAAUAUAUAUAACAUAGAUAUACUUCGUUAAAAUCAGUUGUAUUGAAUAAACUUAAAUGUAUCAAUAACAAUGAGUGUAUUAAUCAGUGUCACCUGGUAUUUUCUGUAUAAUAAAAAGUAUGUACAUUUCAA